UUUGAGAGUGAAGUUUUCUACCUGAAGAUGAAGGGAGAUUAUUACCGGUACCUGGCUGAAGUAGCAUGCAACGAUGAGCGGAAAAAGACGAUAGAAAGCUCACAGCAAGCUUAUCAACAAGCAUUUGACAUCAGCAAGAAGGAGAUGCAGCCUACACAUCCAAUUCGUUUGGGACUAGCUCUUAAUUUCUCAGUGUUUUUCUAUGAAAUACUAAACAGUCCCGAACAGGCUUGCUCACUGGCUAAAACCGCUUUUGAUGAAGCAAUUGCAGAACUUGAUACACUGAAUGAAGACUCCUACAAAGACAGUACCCUCAUCAUGCAGCUGCUUCGAGACAAUUUAACAUUAUGGACAUCUGACAAUGCACAAGAAGAAUGUGAAACGGACCAACCGGAAAAUAACUAA